AGGUACCACACCCCAUGACUCACGGCACACACCAAGAGCCACUAAAAUCACCAGGUAAGUCGAGAGAAACACGACUGCAACAGCGUCACAACAUCUACCGCCUAUGCUGCCACGCAUCGAAGUCUAGCACUGCUACGAGCAAUGUCUGCGUCACCUUACCGCAAGCGAAAGAGACCUCUAAAUUAGGGUUCAAACCUCAGGGACUUUGCAGUCCGGGAGGGAAAGGCUCCCAAAAUCCCAGUUGCACCGCGUCCGAGCCGCAAAGGAACAAAUCAUUCGCAAAAGCCCACGGUUGCUCAAUGCUAAAUGCAGUGCUUAAUGAUCUUGUCAAAGCCUUUGGUUAAGAAAUCCUCGGCGUGGUGGUUGGCGAAGAGGGAAUCGGUAGCGGGGUGGUCAGAUUCAACCUCAGUCCCAUAAACACAAUCCUUGAAGACAGACACACGGUACCAUCCCGCUCGGAGGGCCAGCAGGAGAUCAUGCGAAGGAGGUCUGGCUUGGCUGCUUGGGUCCGAGGCGCGGGCGCGCGGUUGCUCUGGACAAUCCUAUGGCAUGCUUACCUAUCUAAUACUAGCUCAGCAGCUGCAAGGCGAUACCAUGACGGGGGUGGAAUCUCAUCAAUCAACAUCUCACCCGGCUAUUCUUCGCCGUCAUUGGCCGUGCUCCACCUUCCAGUCGGACGUCGUUGUAUAUUUUAUUCGUUCCCUGCGGGCCACGAAAAACAUCAUGGGCCUCUCUACGAUGGUGCUAACGCUGCCAGCGCUCGGCCAGGACGUGCAGCUCGGCAUGCUGUACGACAUACGCACCGCGCAGUUCUUCAGCGGCGUCUCGCUGUGGAGCAACAGCAUCGUCAACGCGAGGCAGACGCUUGACGAUCACGUGGUGCAAAACACCGAGUUUACCUACUCGAACUCCCUCGAGCAGGCGCGCAGCCAUGUCGCCCUCGACGUCGAGGGCUCGCUGAGUCUCGAUCUCGGCAUCAUCAAAGCCACCGGCUCGGCCAAGUACCUGAAUGACAAGCAGUCGAGUAGCUUCGAGGCACGUAUAGACGUCUCCUGCACCGUCGUCCGUCGCACGCGCCGUAUCCCGCAGGAGAUCCUGGGGUCCAUGCAGUACGAGCGUAACCUCGAUGACCCUCGCUUCACGCACUUCGUUGCAGAGGUGGUAGAAGGAGGAAGCGCCACGCUGAGUUUCGUCCAAUCCUGUUCCUCAUCCGAGGAGGCGAAGAAGGUGACGGGCAGGCUAGAGGCCAAAAUUACGAAACUUCCGAUCAGGGGCAAGGCCAAGGUAGAAUUCUCGGAGGAGAGCAAGUCCGUCUUUGAGAGCCUCAAGAUCUCCUAUAGUGGCGCGAUAGCCGAGAACGUCUCCAACGUCGAGGAGGCUUGUCGUGUCGCUCGCGAGAUGCCGACGAAGCUAGGACAGCAGUUCAACACGCUCUCGUACAAGCUUUUGCCGCUCACGGUCCUCCGCAGCACCGUGAACCGAGAAAUUCGUCAUCUCGACGCCAACCUCGUCGUCAAGACAGCCGAGGCGCUGAAAGCCGGCACCGUAGCAGGACUCAAGCUGAAGGACGUCAUGGAGCAAGACGGGUUAAAUACCCCUGUAAAUACGGUGUUAUUUAAGGGAUACUUUAUUUUUAUUAGCUAAAAGUUCGUAUACGCCGUUUUAAUUAGUUAAAAGCUCGUACGGCCUAUUUGAAAGUAAUAUAUCUAAUAAAACCGCAGCGUACGCGUCUA